ACACACAUUUAUCAAUACUGAUUGUUGAAAAUUUUGUUUGAAUCUUUCUAUGAUGCAUCUAUAUUGCAUUUUCUGAGUUCAAUUUUUUAAGAUAGAAACUUUGUUUAUGGCUUCUGUGUUGCAGUUUUAUUGCAUCUUAUAGUUUCGAAUCUGUACGGAAGACAAUUCGUGUAUGACCUGUAGGUAACGUUUAAUGUUUGAAGCUGCAUUCCAGACACGGAUUUUACAGACAGUAACUUAAAUUAAAGAGGUUUAUCAGGUGAUGCUGUUAGGUAAUAUAUUAAAUUUUAGUUUGACGAUGGCUAGUGCUGUGUGGACGUGUGUUCGUAUAAUAGGUCUUAUAUGGAUUAGUGUGCAUGGAUGUCUCUCCCAGAACGAUACAACAAUUGAAGUGGCUGUAGUAGAAGAUAAUCUGCCAGCCAAUGAACAAGAAAGUCCGUCCUUGCCGACCAAUUUAAACAUGACCAUCAACCUGUUCCAAAACAAUACUAAUGAAGUUGAUUUAAAGCUGAACAUGAACGAUGCCAUGAAUGAACAGCGAAGCAUUUAUGUGAUCAGGACGAACAAGGCAGGAACACAAUAUUUGAAGAAAGAACAAAUACCCAUUGAAGGGAACAUCGCAUUCUAUCAGGAUGCAGCGACUGGUGCUAACGUAAUGGUUCGCUGUGAUGGAUAUUCAACUGACAAGUGUGACCCAACCCUCGAAGGAAGUUUCUUCGUUGAUAAAGUCGAAUAUGGCCUUGAACCUUUGGCGUUUGAUUCACCGGAAAGGAAGAGGAGGAGUGCUUCAGGAGGAAAACGAAGUGGCAAAUUGUAUUCUGUCUUCAAACGAAAACAAGACAAACCAGUUAAGGAUGACUUUCAAAAGGAGACUGCAGUCGGUCCAGAGGGACAGUCUAUGCAGCUAGUUGAUAGAAUUGUGGAUCUUAGUGAAUUCCUGAAUCCUGAAAGUGCGUCCAUGUCAAUGUGGAAAAGAGUUUCUAACAUAAACACAAACAGACCACGCAAACAAAGGAAACAUUCUAAUAUCCCGUAUGAAAUGGGACUUGUUGUUGUGAUUGACUUCAGUGUUUAUCAAAGCUGGUACAGAAGAAGUUCACAAAAAACCCAUGCCGAGAAGGAUAUCGAUGCAAAGUCUAAAAUAAGGCAAUACAUGUCCCAUGUUGUAAAUGGGAUUGACCUUCGAUUUAAAAAUCUACGGACAAACCGAAUGAGAGUUGUUGUAUCAAGAUUCGUUAUAGCAGAUACGCCAUCCUCGUCUCGUUGGACUUCUGACAGAUUUAAGGCACAGCCUCGGGAUCUUAUCUAUGCUGACGAGGUACUGAACAAGCUUAUCAAGUGGCGUUUCAGGAUGGGAACUGAUCUUCCGGUGCAUGAUCAUACUAUUUUGUUUACUGGUUAUGACCUGUAUCGUCCGACGAUCGCCAAUAAAGGGGUCGCAGGGUUUGCACGCGUGAAAUCGAUGUGUAGUCAUACAAGUGUGUCAAUAGUUGAAGAACAUGGUGGAUUCAACAGUAUUUUGACAGCUACCCAUGAAAUUGGACACAGUCUGGGGGCCUACCAUGAUGGUCACAACAACACAUGUAUUGGUGAAGACAAUUACAUAAUGACACCAAUUGGAGGAUCAGCCACGCCCUCAAAUGCACUGAAUCCUUUUCAGUUCUCGUCCUGCUCUGAGGACGCCUUUCAGUCAUUCCUGGAUAAGUUACCACAGCAUAACUGUUUGACAGAUGAAACGGAUAUCUAUGACGAUGAAGAAUUUCAGGAGCAUUUGAGUCAGCAGCCCGGGCAAUUGUAUGGUCCUAACGAACAAUGUCAACAGCAUUUAGGCAAAGAUUCCUACUACGCAUGGGGAGGUAUUUUAGGAGACGCCUCGGAGGUAUGCACUCAUAUGGCCUGCAAGAACUCUAUGUCUGACACGAGUUUCAACGUUUAUUAUGCAGCACGUGGGACGUCCUGUGGAAACAAACACUGGUGUAUUGAUGGCGUUUGUACGUAUUCAGAAGAGGCUCAAGUACGAAAAGAGACCUGUGUACAUGGAGAUGCAUGGCGAAAGUUUGGAAACAGGACAUGUGCUCAGUAUAUCAAAGAAGACAAAAGUAAAUGCUAUUUAUCUUACUACAAUCGAUUCUGCUGCGACACCUGUGAUAAACUACGACGGAAAGAACGCGAUUGCGAGUUUGGAAAUAGGAAGAAAAUGUGUGACAUCGUUGACCAGGAAGCAAGAUUUUGCUAUCAUAACGACAACGAGAGAAUGUGUUGUGAAAGUUGUAAGCGACAUCACACUGGAGUCAAAGAUUGUGAAUACGGAGAUCGACUUCCAGACUGCAAUCCAAUGCGGUGUCCUGACCAAAAUUAUGCUACCAAAUGCUGCAAAACAUGCGGUCAAAUGAACCAAAAGACCACCACAAUAGUCCCAGAAUCCUCACAAAGCGUUGUAUCAUCCACAGACCACAGAAAUAAGAUAGACAGAAGUUCGACCAAAUUAGAACAAAACAACAUUCAAACAAAUGUAUUACCGGAACUAGCGCUCCCAAUAAGGCAUAACAGAAAAACGCAAGAUAAUAGCCUUGUCCCACGGGAAGAAAUACGAUUAGUUACUCAGCCUACACCACCAUCUUUGUCCCAGAACAGUAGAAAUACCAGGCCAUUGAAGCAGAUAAAAAGUGACGCUAGCACUAAUAAAUUAAAUACAGCAAUGGGACGUUCCAUAUAUCAACGCAAACCCAAAAACCAAACGAAAUUAAAGACAACAUAUAAUUCACAAUCAAUGAAUGCAACAGAACCAACGGCACAAAUCAUGGUUUCAUCAGCUUCCACUGCGCGGGAACAUUGGAAACAGCAACAGAAACUUAAAAAGGAGCAAGAACAAUUACGGCGGCAAAGACAAUCAGUUCAUUCACGAAAAAGGCCUUCUAAAAGUUAUAAUGUUCCUAAAUUUACUCAUCACACCAACAACAUAGGGAGGAGCUCGAAACACCCGAGUUACAGGACUACAACCUUGGUAACUCUUCUAAGCGGAACACAUAGAAUGAACUUUAAAUCUGCUUCAAAAACAUGCAUCAAGCCGAAUGCUACUUUCAUGUCACUCAAAUGCCGAUGGUUGGUUAAGCUGAUGAAAGGUCUGUGUACUAAUGCUUUACUCGGCAGUAUUUGUUGUGAACCAUGUGAGCCAUCAAAGAAAAAAGAAUUCGUUUGCACUGAUCAGCAAGGAUGUACCGCCAGUACUGCCUCUCACUGUUACAACGACAUGACAAGAUCCAAGUGCUGUGCAACGUGUAAACGAUUUGAAACAGCUUACUCAGAUUGCCGAUAUGGAGACCGUGAGCCACACUGUAGGCUGUUUCUUCGCUACAUGCCAGCAUACACAUGUGGUGCUUUCAAACACAAAUGUUGCUUGUCAUGUAAAAAAAAUAUUGUACAGCUCACAACUACUCCACCCAAAGUUGUUCCUCGGAGAUCCGACAACGAUCGUCCUUCUUAUAGGAGUCCAGGGAUCCCACAUUCAUCAUUCCGGGACAGGAACCUAAGAUUCAGCCAAUCGCGAAAUCAUAGGCGCUGGUAGUAACUGUUAUUUAAAGCAUGGAUGUCAUUAUUUUCUCAUUAUUCAUAGUGAUUAUCCUCUAACAUGGAUUUAGAUUGUCGUUCACUAAAACUAUACAUGGACACAAAAGAUAUACUUAAGAUAUUUGGUCUUGAGUUGGUUAGAUGGGUCAUUUUUAUUUCAACCUCAACAUGAUAUGAAAUCCACAAGAUUUGCUAAAGAAAAGGAAACGCUAAACAAGAUAGUAAAGGUGUACAAAAACGUCCCUACUCAUCUACAUCAGCAACAUCUAUCUAAUUUAUCGCCAUUCUCGCCAUAUGUGGACUCACUUCGAACACAUUGGAACAAGGUACUUCUAUGAUCGGAGAAGAAAUGGCGUGGCUCCUGGUGUCUCAUUUCACAUGAAAUGAUUGGAUAUGAACGCGAUUUGGAUAUUGUCCAUUCCAAUAUGGCUACACCACUUUGUACUUUUGUAUAACUGACAUUUAUUUGGAUUACCUAUUACCUGAGAGGGAUAUGACCUGUAACUGAAAUCCGAAAUCAUCUUAUACCUGUUGCCUUCAUCCACUCACAUACUUUAUUUUACUUUUCAUUUCAUCUAUAUAAAUAUAUAUAAACAUAUACACAUUUAUUUAUUCUGUUCUCUGUGUAUCAAUAGUCAGAUGUUUGUGUAACUUGUAUUGUUUUUCACCAAUAGUUGAAUAAUGCACCUUUAUCCGUUUUAAUAAUGUAUAUUAAAAUGUAAAGAAAAAGUUUGAAUACAUAUUUAUAGAAUGAAAUACAAAAUAAUUGUCAAUGUAAAUAUUCGCUUCGCAUAUGCAAUAGGGCUGCUAGAUCGGAUACAGCAUUUCACGGACCUAGCCUAUCGGCGUGUACAGUAUGUAUAUUACA